CAUUGCGCCCAUCUACGCUCUUUGUACAUCCGCUUGACAGAUUGGCUGAUGAAAAGCCAUAAAAAAGCUAUCCCGACGGAAAACAGAUCCGAAAGGCCUGAACAAAGGCUUCAAAGAUAACAUAGGAUGGGCCCCUUCCCCUCCUCCUCCUCCUCCCUUUCCACAGGGAUCUUAUACUAUUGAAAGAUGGCCCCCCCCCUUCCACUCUCCUCCUCUCUGCACCCCUCCGUCAGAACUACUUGCAAUCAUAUCCUCAUCGAUCCCCUUUCCUCUUCCACCCUCCGUCGCCUUCCUUCCAAGAGCUCCUCGACGUCGUGGAAUCGCAGAGGUUCAGAUCGAGAGGAGCAGUUGGUGGGCAUCGGCCUCUGCGAGCUCCUCCUCAUCCAUAUACCUGGCUGCAUCGCGUAGGCACAUGAGUUGGAUUGUUUGAUGGAGCCAGCGCGAGCUUGGUGUAUUGUCUCGCUGGUCUUCUCUUCCCUUCUUCUCUCUCUGGCGCAGAGCUCGAACACGUCGAUGGAGUCGUUGAAUUCUGUGAUUCGAGACUAUGCUUUCAAAGAGCUAGUCGGACGUCGAACAGGCGUGCUCUACGGGGUAUCUCUGCCUCGUAAUCUCUCGGGCAUCAGAGCUUCAGUCUCGAGGCUACGAAGGGGCAGCCUCUGGAUCAGGGGAGCAAAUCUUAGCUCAGUCCACAUCCCACCACGGGCGAUGCCGGUUCCUUCUGUGAGGAGGCUGGUCAUCGUCUACCAUGAUCUCGGCAGCAGGUCUUCCUCCUAUUAUAACGUGCCUGGUUACUCUCUCGUCGCUCCCGUCGUCGGCUGCUUAGCUUAUGAUGCUUCUAAUGCGAGUUCUGGUAUCACGAGGGAGCUCGAGCUCGCAUUGCCUGGAGAAGGGAUUUUGGUCGCCUUCCCAGAAGUCAAAUUGCCGGAGGGAAUGCAUUCUACAAUCAAAUGUGCCACAUUUGGACGCAAUGGAUCGGUGCAUCUCGACGACAUGGUUUCGAAGAAUAUCUGUUCGGCAGCGAGCACAGGCCACUUCGCAGUCGUCGUUCCUUCGGUUGCUCCAGCUUCGCCUCCGUCGGUGGAACAGAAAACAGAGAGUAGAUGGAAAGUUCGGGUGAUAGCAUCUGCAUGUGGAGUAGUUGGAUUGGUGGUGGUGGGAUUGGUUGGGUUAGGAAUCUUUAGGUCGGUGAGGAAUAAGAAAAUGGAGGACAUGGAAAGCCAAGCUGAAGAGGGUGAGGCUUUGGGUACUACCUGGGUUGGGAUGAGUAAGAUGCCUUCUGCAACAAUGAUGAGAACUCAACCAGUUAUUGAGGAUAGAAGUGCACCUUGAGAGGACUUCUCCCCCUGAGGGUUCUUGCAAUUCUAGAGAUGGAUGAGGUAGAUACUCUUGGUCUUGGCAGGGAGUAGGUGGGUCAUAUGUGGACAAAUGAGGAGGGAGCGGUAAUUUGGAAGGAAAGCCCAUCUUGGAAAAUAUCACCCCAUUUUUCUGUAGUUAAAAAUCUUCUUUCUCAUAGCUAGUGUUCGUUUCAAAUGAUUUUCGUUGAGGUGUUUCUUGUCUCUGUUUGUGAUUUAGUGAUUACCAUUUUAAUAA